AUCGAAAGCUUUGCGGGUACAGCUGACUUGUGAAUUGUGUACUUCAUAAUUAAAAUCCCCAAAUUGCGGCGUAAUCCUACAUAUGGUCCUCAAGCAGUUGGUCUGUCACUUGGUCUGUGGAAACAACGCUCGUUUACUCUGAGACCCUCCAUUAAUAUCGGGGCGGAAAAUCAACCUUUCAUGUCUUCCAUAGUAAUACCACAGAAUCUAGUGAAGGAGGUACUCAUCGCCUCUUGUGGGUAUCUCGCAGACGACACGUCUACACUGCGAACGUGUUGUUUGCUGUCUCGGGAUUUCAUGGAUUCAGCGAGACGAACGCUUUUCGAUACAAUACACAUCGAGAAUAGUCGAAGGACCUUCGACUCUUUCGCCAUCUUCCUAAUUCAGAAUCCUCAUAUUGGGUGCUACAUCCGCCGGCUGAAGCUUUCAGGUCAUGAUAUUGACUACGAAUUCCAAUACAUGAUGCGUCAUACAGCUACGCCACCGCGUGCUAUACUCUCGAUGGAUACUCUAGCAUCGAUCCUCAUCCGAUUACCAAAUUUGCAUAUCCUCGAGUUCCGUCACUUGCGCUUUACGCCAGGGCUAUUCAAGCAAUCCUUGCGUCCCAUCUCGCUACAGAAAUUACUCUUCUCUUUCGUUGGGUCCAGGAGUGACAGGCUUGAUAAUUUCACAAAUAUCUUGGCACUGUUCUCGAACGUAGAGAUACUGCAUAUUGGUGCAAUGGAAUUGAGAUUGACGGGCUCACCCAUGGAUCAAGAAACCGUAAUAAACGAACUCUUGGGUGUACCUGAGCUACGUGAACUCAAAGCCCAGCAGCUUGAGCUCUAUACUGGUAACCCCACUCUCCAACUCAUGUGCAAUAUUAUCCUCAAAACGCCAUCUGUGAACACUCACCUCGAUAUGCACGCUUUGUCAGGAUUGGAACGAAAUCGUAGCCUUAGGACUGUUAAUACGGAAAUGUGGGCCUCGUAUCCGGCACCUAGGCCUGGAUACGACGCUAGCAAUACACGAUUUUGACGAGAGCUCGUCCAGUUUACUUUAUGUCAAGUCAUAGCACGAUCUAACUCUCUGCCAUUCUCAGGGGAUAAAGAGCGUUGGAGGGUUCUAAACCUGGCGGCUUGCACAAACCUACAGUCCAUUGAGUUGUGCAUUACAUUCGAAACCGAAUUCAGCCUCGAGAACAUGGUUUGGAAUGUGUCGUACAGCAUUGCCUUGCUGGAUAUCCUCAGACUGGUGCCUGCGACCAUCCGACACCUUUCGAUCUUCAUCAUGUUCGGCCCGGAGUGUCAAGCUUACGAGAUGAUCAAAGAAUCCGAUAUCAUCGAGUGGAAUCGUUUGGCCCGUAUGGUACUGAAGAGGAAGAGACUAGAGACUGUAACGUUCAAAUUUGAUUUUCCCAAGGACUCCCCGCGAAACACCUUCGUGCGCUGUCGGAACGCUAUCAAAAAGAAAUUACCUCAGCUCCAAACAGGAGGCAUGCUGCGAUUCGUCGAGGUGCGUGAGCUCAUUGCCGCAGGAGAUACUCACACUUAAUUACCGAUCUUUUCCGCUGAAUUAGGUGGAUCCCGAUGUCUUCAAAAGAACUGGCCUACGUUGAAUCUCAUUGACAAGCCGUUGCCUCAUUCGGAGUUUGUACGUGUCCGAUGGAAGGGGUAGCCGUGAUAUAAUAAAUAUUAUGUGCAUUGUACAGGCAACAGCGCCCAUAAGGAAUUUAGUUAUUACACUAUACAAUGGGUUUGUUUA